AUGGUCGGCGUCAUCAACGCCAAUUCUUCUGUCAACUUUCCGGCGCAUCAAGCAGAUGCUCGCCAGUCUAAGUUCUCCCUCUCACCGGGUGACCCCUUCCCAGCUGAAGGCGAGGUGCCGUCCGGAGACAAUGGACCUGUUGGCUCUACCUCGUCAACCACGGCCACCUCAUCCCCAGCAACAACAUCCACGGUGGCUCCACAUUCUACUGGCGGGUCACCGAUCUCAACCGGCGCCAUUGCUGGCAUCGUGAUUGCCUGUCUCUUCGUGGUCGCUUUACUCGCGGCCCUUUUCUUCCUUCUGGGCCGACAACGGUCAAUGCUUCAAUUCUUGAUGUCCAGAAAUCGGUCCAAAGAGGAUCACGAGGACGGCCUGCCCAAGCAUGGAAGGCCUGAGAUGGGCUUCGCAGCGGGCCAUCCAAUACCAAAUCGUUACCAUUACUAUGGCAUCCAGCCAGAUGUGAAGUACAAAGAUGGCAGCUUUGCAACGGCCCCUCCACAAUAUCCGCAUCCUGCCCAGGCAGUCUCACCAACGAGCCCGCCAGUGCGGAAUCGAAGUCUUUCGAUUGCUUUUGGUAGGGACGAUGUAAGCAAUGCCGGCGCCGGUGGCCCGUGGGAGCUACCGAGUCGUGAUAGAGACGAAGAAAAAGACACGGGGGAAUCUUAUGGAAACGGCAGUGCUAGAGAUGGCGCAGGAAGCAGAAGUAGUUGGCGCGAAGUACAGCGAGGGGCUAAUCGCAUAGCAACUCAACAACAAGAGCGACCAACUAUGAGGUCAUACUCAAGGCAAGAGAGUCAUCCAGCCGUGCACGCCGUUGUGGUUGGGAAUAGUAGCCCGGACAUCAGUGAUCUUGCGCCAAGUCCAAGCUCGAGUCCAAAGCCGCAAAGCCCAGGUCCGUGGCCAGAAAGAAAAGCUAGCUCAAAGACUGCGUGA